UCCUCAGUUCACAAACCCCAGGAGGAGAGAGGAAACAGAGGUGAGCUUCUGUGUUUCUUCUCUCCCUUUCAUAAUCGUUUCCUUCUCAAGAAAAUAUCUCAUUUUGAUAAAAAAAUCCAUCAACCAUGACUGCUGAGGAGACUACAGUGGCAGAAAUUCCUGUUUCUCAACCAGCAGAGACCACUAAGGUUGUGGAGAAGACAUCCCCUGUCGUAGCUGUUGAGACCGUCAAAGUUGCAGAUGGAGAAGUUAAUGCAAAGAAGGGGGAUGAAUCCAAAACAGAAGAAGCAGAGGAGAAGAAAAUAGAAGCCGAAACCAAAGCUGGAGCUGAAGAUGCUGUUGCUGUGAUUUCAAAGAAUUCUUCAUUCAGGGAGGAGAGCAAUUUCCUCUCUGAUUUGAAGGAGCAUGAGAAGAAGGCGUUGAUCGAGCUGAGAUCGAAGCUUGAAGAAGCAAUCCUCAAGAACAAGUUCUUUAAGAAGGAGGAACCCAAGAAGGAAGAGAAGAAAGCGGACGAGAAACCCGUAGAAGAGAGCAAAGAGGAGGAGAAACCUGCAGAAGAAGAAGCUAAGAGGGAAGAGAAGAAAGAGGAGGAGAAGCCCGUAGAGGAUUAUGAGGAGACAGAGAAACCUGCAGAGGAAAAGGAGGAAGCUAAGCAGGAAGAGAAGAAAGAGGAGAAACCUGUGCAAGGAGAAAGUGAAGCAAAAGAGGAACCUGCAAAAGAAGAAGCUCCAGAAAAGGAGAAAACUGUAACAGAAGCAGAGGCUGACAAGGAGAAACCGGCCCAAGAAGAAGAGGAAGAGAAGAAAUCUGAUGUGGGUACUGAAGAAAAAGAGGUCGAAGUAAACAAGGACAUCUCCCUUUGGGGAAUCCCUCUCUUGCCAAGCAAAGGCGCAGAAGGCACUGAUGUGAUCCUCUUGAAGUUCUUGAGGGCUCAAGAUUUCAAGGUCAAUGAUGCCUUUGUGAUGUUGAAGAACACCCUUCAAUGGAGGAAGGAACUCAACAUCGAUUCGAUAUUGGAUGAGGAUUUGGGUUUGGAUCUGAACGCAGUGGCCUAUAUGAAUGGUGUUGAUCGUGAAGGACACCCUGUAUGCUACAACAUUUAUGGUGUCUUUCAGAAUGAGGAGCUUUACCAGAAGACAUUUGGAACCGAGCAGAAGCGCAAUCAGUUCUUGAGAUGGAGGUUCCAGUUGAUGGAGAAGGGCAUUCAGAAACUUGAUUUCAAGCCUGAUGGUAUCUCUUCCCUGCUUCAAAUCACCGACCUCAAGAACUCCCCUGGAAUCUCAAAGAAGGAGCUUAGGAUUGCUACUAAGCAAGCUGUUGGGCUUCUCCAAGAUAACUAUCCUGAAUUUGUAGCAAGAAAUAUCUUCAUCAAUGUGCCUUUCUGGUACUAUGCAUUCAAUGCUCUAAUAUCUCCUUUCUUAACCCAAAGAACCAAGAGCAAGUUUGUCUUUGCUCGCGCAUCCAAGGUCGCUGAAACCCUUCUCAAGUACAUUCCUGCUGAGAAUAUCCCUAUCCAGUAUGGUGGGCUGAAACGUGAAAAUGAUUCUGAGUUCUCCAUUGAAGAUGGAAGCGUCUCUGAUCUCCUUGUCAAGAGUGGAGGAACAGAAACUGUUGAAAUCCCUGUACCAGAGGUUGGAACCACUAGUCUCUGGGACCUGUCUGUGUUGGGUUGGGAGGUUAACUACAAGGAGGAAUUUAUCCCAGAAGACGAGCGAUCUUACACCGUCAUCAUUCAGAAACAGAAAAAGAUCUCUGCUAAUGAAGAACCACUUCGCAACUCCUUCAGGAAUAAUGAACCUGGGAAAAUUGUUCUCACCAUUGAGAAUUCUUCAUACAAGAAGAGAGUACUGUACCGAUUCAAGACCCAGAAGAGCUGUUGAGAGAUAUAGUUAUGUAUCUAAUUACAUUUGUUUGUUCUUUACAUUCUUUUACAAUUUAGGUUGAGUGGGUGAGACUAAUAGUAAAGAAACUUCAUUCUUUUUAGCAGGAUUAGUGUAUCCUAUGAUUUCAUUUAUUUGGUUUGCAGCUUUUGAGAGUUUCUUGUUUUUAAAGAUAUGAUUAAUUUGAGAUAUUUCUAGUUAUUAUUACA